UGAGGCUACAAUGUCACGUGCUAUUCAGCUGUAUCAACCGCUGAAUGUGACAGGCCGAAGCAGGCCGAAAUCGCCGUGCGUGUGUGUUUGAAUCGUUCGCAUUUGUCGCGCAUCACUUUGUUUAUUUCUUCAUAUCGUAAACAUUGUUCUCAAAGUCGUGUAAGGUUGCCGCGUAAGCACCCGUCGCCUAAGAUGGCAUCAGACCGCGUGCUCAUCGCGUCGUGCGGUAAAAAAUUUGAAGCCUCUCGCGAAGCGCUCCGACGUUGCUCGCGCUACUUCGAUGCCAUGUUCGCGUCGGGAAUGAAGGAAUCGUCGUGCGACGAAAUCGAGAUGCGAGACAUCGAGCCAGACACCCUGAGAGCGCUCAUCGACGUCUCCGAAGGCCGCUCGGUGAAGGUGUCGAACGACAACGUCGACUGCCUCUUGAAAGCGGGCUGCCUCUUCCAGUUCGAGCGACUGCGAAGGGAUUGCACCGAGCACUUGCUUCGGACGGUCUGCCUCGACAACGCCGUCGAAACGUGGCAGAAGGGCGAUGCCUUCGGCGUUCGACAGUUGUGCCGAGCCGCCCUGGUGACUCUUCUCUGGGAGUUCGAGGAGUUCGUCGAGCACGCCUCCCUCACGAGCUGUCCGUGUCCGCUGCUCGAGCGUCUACUGUCGAAGGACACGCUGAACGUGUCGAACGAAAUCGUCGUGCAGGCGGCGGCAGAGAAGUGGUUGACAGCCAACUCUUGCACUGUCGAGCAAGUUAUCGCGGUCGCAUCGUGCGUGAGGCGCAGUCAGCUACACGAACAGGCGUCGGCGGUAUGGUGUUCGUUUGUCGAGGCCUUGCUUGUCGGGCGGGACAACGCGAUGGACCACUGGCGCGAAUCCUUGCGAAGCAGCGCGGCGUUACCGCCACGAUCGAUUGUGCGGCCUGCCGUCGUCGUUUCCUGGCUCUGCAGGCAAUCUCCCGAAGUUCCCAACUUGUGCGUGUACAUGCCGAAGAAGAGCGACGAAGGCACCUUCUCGUUUCACUCGGCGCUGCCUACGUCGAGCCGCCCCGAACCCCUUCGAGGAUUUAUCGUCUGCUCCGUCGGGAAGGAUGCCUACUUCCUCUGCGGUGAAUACGGAAUCGGAUCCGGCCACUGGAAUCGCGACGUAUUUCGUUGGAACCAUGUCCUGUCGAAGUGGGUUCAGGUUGCUACGCUACCAGAACCGAGGAGGCACUGCAAGGCAGUUGUCGUGGGAAACCUAAUUCACCUGUACGGCGGGUUUGGCAGGUACCGGGUGCGGCUUUUCAGCGUUGACAUCUAUGACACAAGUACUGGUUCGUGGCGUCGGGGAGAGACGCUCCAGGAAGAAGUUGCCGUUGACGCCAGCGCCGUCGUAAACUUGAACGACCAGGUGUGCAUCAUCCCGACGUGUCCGGCGGGCAGCAACGAAACGAUCCGUGCCAUCUGCUUCCCGAUGGACAUAUUUAGCGUAUCGCAGAUCGUCGCCGUUCCGUUCAGCAGCCACAAGACAGUCAUUGUGUGCAAGGGUGCGGACAGCUGGUACACCUUUCACGAACCGAGGACCUUUUCGGAAUACGCAAAUCCGCGGAUAUCGCUGCAGUCCCUUCUCUGUGGCUGCGCCCUCGGCGACGGAGUCGGCUUCUUUAUGGAAAAUGUCAGGACUGCAGUGUUGUACAAUUUCGACACGGACGAGCAGCAGAGACUGGACACUGGCUUCGGCGAUCACAUGUUGGUGGAAUGCUGCUUUGGACUGCCCUAUUUUGACUUGACCGAGUGAGUCUGUACGUUUAAGGUAGGUUCAUAUAGUAACACAUUGUUACCGAUUCAGUCUGCAGACUAGGUGUGAUGUACCUCAGUGACACCGAAUUGUACAGUGAGUAGCUAGUUGGCGGUGCCCUUCUGCCCAAGGUUGUGGGUUUCAACCCCAUGUCUUGCUUCGGGAUGCUAAAUAAUGCACUAAAGAGAAAAACUAGGUGAGUUUAAAACCAAGGAACUAAUCGGUCAAAACGUUAUAUUCAUCAAUAGAUUGAUUUAUUAGAAUAUAGAGCAACGAUCAAAGUUAAAUUUUAAGAUUUUGUGCCUAAACCACAGUGCCAGGUACAGCUGCCGAAAACUUUAACUUGUGUGCGCGAGCAGCGACUUUCUGUGCGCCAGCACCCUAAAUUAGGAACAAACUUACAAAUGACUAUGCUAUCUUCACAAGCUUUGUGAGCAUUAGUUAACCUCGACCAUUUCGCAAGUUUGUUCCAUCGUAACGCACUGGACAGCCGAAAAAAAAAACGCAUUUACAUAAGCUAGCUAAAGAUUUGGCCGGCUAUACAUCAGUAUGACAUCAUGGAUUUCAAAGUACUAUUAUUUCAUAUUUGGGCCUUUCGGCUCUCUAAAAGUUCUUGAAGCUUCCUAGUUUCAGCCUUUGGCUCCUUUAGUGUACGAUGUAGUCCAUCUUUACCGAUAACAAAUUAACUAGGCCCAAGCAGAUGGCAUCACAACUUCAAGGCACCAUCGCCACCUGUCUAUAAUUUUUGCGCUUUUUCUGUCGUGUUAAGCCUCUUCUCCAUGAUAAGAGUGGCUUUUUUUAUAUUGUGAAAGGUUAAUUUAUAAAUGCGGCUCAAAUUAUUUUUCUCUUUGCUGUCCCUUUAAACUGCCUAAUUUCAUUUGUUUUGUGUCCUCCAGCGUGUCGCAAUUUGUUGCUGGUGAACUAGGUUUUCCUAUGUCCAAGGACUGAAUCUGUGAUUUAUGUUCCCUCGUCGUAGGUUCACAUUCAGAUUAAAUAUUCACAUUUUUGUGGGGAGGGAAUAAUACUCUACGUAGUAACAGACUUUUAUUUUAUAACUUGAGUCUGUGAGGAACGUCAAAGUGUUGUCUUUUGGAAGCGAUUAAGUAUUUGGUGCACUUUUUCAGCACCAUGAGCCUUGGUGGGAGCACACAAAUGCGUAAAGCUCUGCCUCGGUUUGUUCUAAUUACUGCACGCUUGUGAUGGAGCUGGCUUCUUCAUGAGAAAUGUUAGAGCUGUAAUCUUGAGCAGUACAAUUCAAUAUGAGAUAAAAUUUGCAAGUCUGUGACCCACAGUACAAACAGCAAAGACAUGCAGAUACAAAGUAGUAACGGAAGAAUCCAUGUCGCAGAGCAAGAUGCACAGAUGUGUAAACUCGUAUAAUAAUGUUUGUCUUUUUCCAAUCUUUUCUUGCUGCACUGAUAUACAAUCAGAAUGUAGUUCCAACACCGUCCUGUUGCAUCAUCUUAUAAGGCCGUCUCAUUACUGGCCUUUUGAUUCUAGCUUUUUGGUGCAGUGUGUAGACCAGACCUUUUCAACUAGAGUUCCCCAGUCAUCGCUGUAAUGCUCUCUGGACUGUUGUGAACGCGUGGAGCCCCCCCCCCCUCAAAAGCACCGCAGAAGCUGCAGCACAUGUCUUUGUACUCGCAUGCAGCAUUCCAAGGAGUAUGUGCUCUCACCUACUGAUAAAAAGGUCUACUGAGUGUUGCGUAGAUGGGAGCACCAGAUAUGCAUAACUUGUUGGCUGAUCUUUGCUCAGAUUUCCCACAGAGGUAUCAUUUUGCAAGAAUUUUAGUUUAAUAAUGUAUCUGUGGGCAUUACUUACCGGCUUCAUUCAAAAUGGGUGUCGUCUGGAGCGGUGCCACUCAAAACCUCUGAAAUGUGAAAUGGUGGCGCCAUCUGUCGCGGCUAUGAUGAACACCGUGGUGGCCUGGCAGCCAGGAGGCUUAGUUGCAGCAAAAUUUUACUUCUUUAGUGGCCUCGCGGCUGACGGCACCAAUUUCAGAGUCAUUGUGUAUGAAACCGGCCAGUAAUGCCCACAAAUCGGGUAUUAAACUGGAAUUCUUGCAGAAUGGUACUCCUGUGCUAAAUUUGAGCAGAGAUCAGCGAGUGGUUUAGCUAAAAGGGUCAUGUUCCUAGCUUUAUAUCUAAGUGUGUGCAUAGCUGGCACUCCUAUUUAUGCAACACUCAUUAUAGGCGGGGUUAUAAUUGGGCACUGGCAUCUAAUGACAGCCAUACAGCCUGGUGUCUGCACCAUCCUUUGACACUAACGUAACUGUGCAAUUCCGAGUGUACUAAUGACUCUUGACAUACCUCGAUAAAGCUGCACGUAACAAGCGACAAUAUUGCAUUUCGUGAAAAUGCUGCUUCAUUUUGUUGCAUUGGCAUGGUCCGGCUGGCACUGUUCCUUCUUGCACUGUUCCUUCUUGCACGUUUCUAAUUUUCACUGCCUGCCUUGUGUGCACAGCAGUGCAGAAAUUUGUCAUUAAAUUGAGUGCAGAAAGAGAGUGGUGAAAGUGCAAAUUCACAACCAUUUUCAGAGGAGGGGCAAGUGGAGAGAGAGCGGGCAUGGUAAAGGCGUGUGCACAUCGUGUCACUGGGACAUUAAGUGUAUGUGUCAAGUGAUGACCAGUAGCUUACUGGCAGUUAUCCUCAGUUAUCCUUGAAAAGUGUACAAUCACUGCAUUCUACUGGUACUACAUGCAGAAGCUUGGAGGAUAACAGCAACACUUGUGAAGAAACUGAGGAUCAUGCAAGGAGUGAUGGAACAAACAAAAAAUCAUAUGUAUAACAUUAGAAGGCAGGUGGUCACCUGUGAGGAGUAGAAAAAAGCAGGCAGGAAUAACCAAUAUUCUAGGGGAGAGUACACUCAGGGAAUCGACGUUAUGCGAACCAUUUUGCAGGCAGCUGGCUAUGCAGCAUUGUUUGGGGUUCCGCAAAGCAUUGCCAGGUUGACCAAUGUGCUUGUGUAAAUCCAGUGUUUGUGUGUGUGCGACCUGAGUGCAGUGAACUAGAAUUAACACGAGAGUGCGUGUUGUGUGGUAACAGGAGCAAGACGAUGACGAUGGUAACGACGAUUGCAUGAUUCCUAUGGGCAAUCGAAUUGUUGCUUUCUAUUGCCCUGCUUUGGUGGGUCCAAAUCUAUAACCAUAGCAAUAAUGUCGCCAAGGCAGUGCGCUAGCCAGUGACAAAAGACAAAAAAAAAAGAAUAAAAAGAAAUGUAAGAAAUCAGAGAUAUGGUGGUUUCUUUUUUCCGUUUCUUCCAUGGUUUAGUUGUCCUUAUGGUGGCUCAUUUUCAUCGACAGGAUUUUAUUAAGCUUUCUACAUCGAAACAGUAACAGUUUCUUAUGAUAAUUUGGUCUUAAGCACUCUUUAAAGCUGCAACCACGUGCACGCAAUAUUCAAGUGACAGUGACAAGCACACCCUGUCGUGUUGCUGCAUCGCGGCAUGGAGCAACCACAUGAACGCAACAUCGCAAAAAAAAAAAGAGUAGCGACAGAUGUACAUUGUUGUGCGAAUAAAUGUUAACGUGCGCUCGUAAAGAAAUCUCAAACGUAUCAUGAGGUCAACGUUUUACCUAGGUCUAGCUUUAAUAUGCUAUCAUCCCCAGUGGAAUUCCGUCCCAUGCCGCCAGUGUAAAAUGCUGUGGUGACAUGUGGUGAACAAAAUUUGAAACAUUUUUGCGGCUCUCGGUGCCGUCUCAGUGCCUAACAGCAUCAAAACAAACGACCGAUCUCAAUAGUAACGGCAAGAGAGCGCCGAUACUUUGUCCUCCGCUUGAGAUGAGACAAAGCGAUUACUGAUGUGACUAUUUGUUGCUGUCGUGGCAGAGGGCAAGUUGCAAGAGCAAAUUCAGAUCGAAGCUGGGUGGACCAAGGCGGGCUGGUUGCUGCCAUGUUGUUGCGAAAUCGCUGUCCCCAGCGGAUGUCCCCGCCCUGACUUCUGGGACACAAGCAGUAUUUUCUGGCUGGCCAGAAACCGGUGACGCAACAAGACAGCGACGGAUUGCCCUCCGUGGCAGCAAGACAUGUCGCUCGUCGCCGUCGCUCGAAAAUCGCGUGCAUGCGCUGUUGCAGUUUAGAGGGUUUUAAUAGCUGUAUUUAUUAUUUACAAGGGCCCGCCAACGCCCUUUUAUGAAAGGUAUGGGAUGUGCCUGGUAAUAAAGGAUCUCCUCACAAAGUUUUCCAAAGAAAAAGUUCUCAUAUUCAUCUGCUACAGACGAGUUAUCAGCAAUAAAAUACUGUUGCCCACACUCUGUGCCCUUUCUUUUGUUUUGAGUUGUUUUUCCACAUACAGAUGUUGCCACCGCUGUAUCAGUAAAAUUACUUUGUUUUAUUGCGACACCAAUUGUAUGGACAAUAGAGGCGCGUUCGCGCUGUCACUGUUGGCGCUGCUACCGUGUUGCCACGGUGUCGGCACGCAUUCGCGAAAUCUACCCGCAUCCGUGGCCCGCACGUGAUAAGUUAGGUUUUUUGGAGAUGCUCGGUGCG